AAACUCCUCAUCUACUAAAUAAGGUGUGUUGUGACUCAUCGAGGGAUGGUGAUCCCCUGAACGAACGAUAGUCCAAACCUUCGUGCACACAAUCUGACGCGUGCGGCAGUGACGACGAUAUAUGUGAGUCCUAAAAUGUUACAACCCACUCACUUGAGACGGAAGGGGAGCGUCUAUUGUAGGAAGAGGGUCUGAUUCUCCCAACAAUUCAGGCUAAUUAAUGGAAAAGAUGUAGCUCGCAACACCAUCAAAUGUACAGGCGCUGUGGAUUAAGCAUGCCACGUCUGUUGUGCAUCUCAGGCUCUAGUGUUUGAGUUUCAUGAAGAAACUUGGCAUCUGCUGACAAGUUUCCUCAUGAAACUCAAACAGAAAUGCUCGGUAAGUUGACUGAAACUGUCGCGUCUUGCGUAAUAGCCAAACAGUUGCCGCGUGCAUGUGCCAGGUUAUUUAAACUGAACUUUAGUGUUUUGUUUUGAAACAAACAUGCAGCCCCAGUGCUUCAUGUAGAAAAACCGAUAUACUGUAAUAUUACUCAAUAACAAAAUGAACAAUAAUUAAAUGCCAGAUGGGUCCUUUUCAGAGUGCUUCCCUUUCAAUCAUCCAGUGCAGAAAUGGAACAAUUAAACCUCAGGACCUCUGUGAUCUGGCUUCAACAUAAAAUUUAGCAAAAUCUUUGGGGGAUUGUUGGUUUAGAGCUUUAUAAGUCAAAUAAAUUCAAAUUGACUUUAACAGAUAGAGGAUGACAGCGCAUUGUCUUAAUCUCCAUCACGCAAGGGUUUUAUAUCUUCUCAGUUUUCCGCUGAUGGCAAAGACUUCUAAGGAAAAACCUUCGCCUGUACCAGAGUCCAAAAAGUCAAGAUUAUCCCGUCUAUGAGAGGUCAUAAAUGUUUUUUGAUAAAGACUCAAUCAUAAAGAGGAGAAAGUGAAUGAUGUGUGCAUGACAUUAGCAAGCUGUCAGAAAAGAGGUGGUCAAGAGAAGGUUUUUGAAACCCUGUACCUUUGUCCACCCUGUAAGACUUGCAGCAGCACACGUUGCAAUCUUACCUGCGAAUGUUGGGACUGUUUAUUGAAUUUAAAAAAAUGAUGUUGAGAUUGCCACUCAUGAAUAAUUGGUGCUUGUAGGUUGUGUACUUUUUCAGGGUUGUUGAACAUCAAGUGUGGGCAUAAAAAAAAUGGGUUAACAAACAAUAUCUUUUUUAAUGGUAAAAAUGAUGUGUCCCAUUUCUUCUUGUCCUUUGAACCAUUUCUGUUUAUCACAAAUUGAAAUCACGCACCUUCGCCCCGUGCACCUGCGACAUGAUGGAGUCUUGGUUGAAAGUCCUAUUGGAGCCAUGACCUUGACAUGUCCUUGACAACACGAUUCAAAAGCUGAUCUGAUAUUGUAAGAUGUGAUCCAGGUAGUGAUCAGUCAUGCUGACCUGGAAAUGGAUGCCUCCUUCAAAGAUGUUUAUCUAAAAAGUGAUCAUAAAACAUCUUCAUGGGUAAUUAGCAGAUAUCUCUCUCUACAUAACAGAUCAGAUAUCUUGUCACUUAGAUGAUGGUCUGUCUAAAGGUCCACAUAGUUGUUUUUUAAGUCAACCGAUGUGUCUUCAAUAAAGCAGACGUUGCGGAAUGUAGAGUAAGUAGAUAUACAUGUGAAGUGAAGAACUAGGCGUGGUCAGAUUCUCCUGUAAUGUCUCACGGCUGGAUUUGAUUUGAUCUCCACAAUGAAUAUCUCCCCCCCCCAUGUUAAUUAUCAGACAGGGAUUUAGUCAUCCAUAGCUGUGAUUGGCCAGCCGCGACAUCAGACCAGAUAAGAAAGGUGUGACAUCACAGGACCGAUGACCCCGUACAUGUUGUGAUGUUUUUCCUUCCCCAACCAAAACGCUGUUAGACGGACAGACGACAGGGGAGACUGUCCCUCGCUGUCUUACUUUGUCUGAUGUACCGUCCAACAGGGCAGCUGUGAUUCACAUCCACUCAAUCGAAUACUAUAUUUGCGGACAACGACUCUGAAAAUAUUUGGAAUCAUGUUUCGCGCCGCAGCCCUGAUCACCUUUCUGACUUGUGUGGUGCCGUCAGCGGCCCAACACCAGCCGGGCUACUGCGUUUUCUACGAGGAGUGCGGCCAUAACCCGUCCGUGGGAGGAUCUCUGCUUCCUCCUACCGUCCCGUGCUUGGACUACAGCCGUGCCCGAGCCCUCUCAGGAGCACACUACAAGAAACUCCAACAGGUGUGUCCCAUCUUGGACCGCGGAGAGAGCAACACUUACGCCUGCUGCUCCAUUAAGCAGCUGUCGUCCCUGGAAAUGAGUCUGACCCUAUCCAAAGCGGUGCUGGUCCGCUGCCCCUCGUGCGCUGAGAACUUCGCCCACCUGCAUUGCAUCAACACCUGCAGCCCCGACCAGAGCCAGACAGUAAAAGUCACAAAGGUUAUGAACGUCACUAGCCAGAGCAAUGUGACGAGGGAGGCGGUGGUAGGUUACCAGGCCUUCCUGAGCACCACCUUUGCAGACGGCUCCUUCCAGUCGUGCAAGAACGUAAGGAUCCCGGCCACGGGAGGCUUCGCCAUCGCCACCAUGUGCGGCCGCUAUGGCGCCAAGUUGUGCAACCCGCAGCGCUGGUAUGACUUCCAGGGAGACUCCAGCAACGGCCUGGCCCCGCUGGACAUCGACUUCCAACUAAUAAAAGAGGGACAGACUGAGGGACUUCCCAAGGGCGUCAUUCCCUACAACGGACGUGCCCUGAAGUGUAACGAGACCACGCCGUCUGGAGGCGAGCUCUGCUCCUGCCAGGACUGCCAAGAGUCGUGCCCGAAGAUGCCACCUCCUGCGCUGCCGCCGGGCCCCUUCCAACUGUUCGGGAUGGACGGAUUCCUCGUGAUUUCUAUCAUCCUGUUCUGUCUCCUCAUGUUUGCCUUCCUUUUCUACCUGACCGUGUCCUACCUGGUGAGAUCUUGGAAAAAGAAGGAUGCGGGGAGAGGAAAGGGCAAAGGCAAAGACCAGAACAGUAACGAUGUGACUCAGCAAGCCAUCGAUCCGUCGGAGGUGACUUGUGCUGAAAGGAACAGCAUGGCUGCUCAAGCUUUCUUGAGCAAAGGGUUUUGCCGUUGGGGAACGCUCAUGGCCACCUAUCCUCUCACGGUGCUCCUGCUGUCGGCUGUAGUCGUGGCCGUUUUCAGUGCUGGCCUCAAGAACAUUGAGCUCACCACUGACCCGGUCGAGCUGUGGUCUGCUGCGGACAGCCGCGCCCGCCAGGAGAAAGAUUUCCACGACGCUCACUUUGACCCCUUCUUCAGGACCAACCAGCUGAUCUUGACAGCGCCGGGCAGAGAAGGUCACAUCUACGACUCUUUGCUGUUUGGAGUGCAGAACUUCAGCGGGAUUUUAUCUAAAGAUCUAAUCAUUGAGCUCCUGAAGCUGCAGACAGAAAUCCAGAACAUUGAGUUCUGGUCGGAGGAUCUGAACCGCACGGCGAGUCUGAAGGAUGUAUGUUUCGCACCACUGAACCCAUCCAACCCCAACCUGGCGGACUGUGCAGUCAACAGCUUGCCACAGUACUUCCAAAACAGCGUGGACAACAUCAACGCCAAGGUGAACAUGACGGAGCUGGGAGUUACCAAAGAAGUGGACUGGAGAGACCACUUAAUCUACUGCCUCAACUCCCCCCUGUCCUUCCAAGACAUUACGGAUUUACGUAUGAGCUGCAUGGCGGAUUACGGCGCUCCAGUUUUCUCCUUUCUGGCUGUGGGAGGCUAUAAGGAUGACGACUACACCAAUGCUGAGGCUUUAAUCAUGACCUUCUCCCUCAACAACUACGCUCGGGACAACCCCAAGUACAGAGUGGCCAUGCAGUGGGAGACAGAAUUUCUAAAAAUAGUCCAGGCCUACCAGAAAAACCCUGCAGCUAACUUCACCUUUGCGUACAUGGCAGAGAGAUCUUUGGAGGAUGAGAUUAAUCGGACCACGGCAGAAGAUAUCCCCAUCUUCAUGAUCAGCUACGCAGUAAUCUUUGUUUACAUUUCCGUGGCACUAGGAGAGUACUCUUCAUGGAAACGCAUACUGGUGGACUCCAAGUUUCUGGUGGGUCUGGGUGGGAUACUGGUGGUCGGCUGUUCUGUCCUGGCCUCUAUGGGCUUCUACUCCUGGAUCGGCAUCCCGUCCUCGCUGGUCAUUCUGCAGGUCGUGCCUUUCCUGGUGCUCGCUGUUGGAGCUGACAACAUCUUCAUCUUUGUUCUGGAGUACCAGAGAGAUGUGCGUCGGCCCCAAGAGAAGAGAGAGGAGCAGAUCGGUCGCGUCCUUGGAAACGUGGCUCCCAGCAUGCUGCUGUGCAGUCUUUCAGAGUCUGUCUGCUUCUUUCUAGGGGCCUUGUCCACCAUGCCAGCAGUGAAGACCUUUGCUCUCUACGCUGCUCUGGCCGUGCUCAUGGAUUUCAUACUCCAGAUGACAGCCUUUGUGGCGCUGCUGUCGCUGGACACCCGGCGCCAAGACGACAACCGCUGCGAACUGCUCUGCUGUGUUUCGGUGUCAACCAAGCGUCCUCACGCGGCAAACGAGGGCUUCCUGCUGCCCCUGAUGAGGAAAUACUACGCCCCCGUGCUGCUGCACGGUUACACCAGGAUAAUAGUGAUGGUGGUUUUCAUAUUCAUGUUCUGUGGAUCCCUGUUUCUCAUGUUUAAUGUAACCGUGGGUUUGGACCAGGAGCUGGCGAUGCCCCAGGGCUCGUAUAUGCUGGACUAUUUCCAGUACCUGUACAAAUACUUUGAGGUUGGAGUCCCUGUUUAUUUUGUGACGAAAAAGGGCUUCAACUUCACCACUGUGGACGGCAUGAAUGCGGUCUGCUCGAGCGUGGGCUGCGAUCAGUUCUCACUUACUCAAAAGAUCCAGUACGCCGCCAACCACCCAGAAUUAUCCUACAUAGCGAUUCCUGCUAACUCCUGGGUAGAUGAUUUCAUUGACUGGCUGAACCCUGGAUCCAGAUGUUGUCGUCUGUACACCUUCGGUCCAAAUGCUGGGAAGUUCUGUCCUGCAAGCCAAUCGGGCCUCCUUUGUUUAACAAAGUGUAUGGCUAUUCCUGCAGACGGCGUACUCAGGCCCAAAGUGGAAGAAUUCAACCGCUUCCUCCCUGACUUCCUGGGUAACAGGCCGGACCUGCAGUGCCCCAAAGGUGGCCUUGGAGCCUACGACAAAGCGGUGGUGAGAGAUCCGAGUGGAGAAAUUAUAGCCACUCGCUUCAUGGCUUACCACGUGCCUCUGACCAACUCUCAGGAGUUCACCGCCGCACUGCUGAAGACCAGAGAGCUGGCGCACAACAUCACAAUGGGCAUGAGGAAUAUAAAAGGCACCUCCCCGGACUUUGAAGUAUUUCCUUACACGGUGACUAACGUGUUUUACGAGCAGUACCUGACGAUUGUGCCAGAGGGACUCUUCAACAUCGGCUUGUGUCUGCUGCCGACCUUCGUGGUGUGCUGCCUGCUGCUGGGUUUGGAUCUGCGCUCCGGUCUGCUCAACCUGAUCACAAUAGUCAUGAUCACCGUGGAUACCGUUGGUGUCAUGACGCUUUGGGGCAUCCAUUACAACGCCGUGGCCCUGAUCAAUCUGGUCACGGCAGUGGGAAUCUCUGUCGAGUUUGUGUCUCAUAUGACAAGAUCUUUUGCGCUCAGCACGAAGCCCACGCGUGUAGAAAGAGCUAUGGAAGCCACGGCAACCAUGGGCAGUGCGGUGUUCGCUGGUGUUGCUAUGACCAACCUGCCGGGCAUCCUUGUGCUGGCCUUCGCCAAAGCACAACUCAUUCAGAUCUUCUUCUUCCGAUUAAACCUCGUCAUCACACUUUUGGGGAUGGCUCACGGACUCGUCUUCCUCCCCGUGCUGCUAAGCUACUUUGGUCCUGGUGUGAAUAAAGCAGUGCUGCUGCAGCUCCAGCAGGAGAAAGCUAAGGCCAGACAGGAGCUGGAGCUGAGAAACAGCAUGAGACAAACCUAUGACAACCUGAGCUAUGAAAACAACGAGACGAAACAGGAACCCACGGACUCAAACUCCAUAAAGGCCCCAACAGAAGCCCACAGACCUGCACAAGAGGCAGAAAGCUCUGAUGAGAGAAUACCUCUGUAACAAGGAUGCACGCCGAAAAGAACGGAGCACCACGUAUUUACCUCUGUAUGGGAAUCAUUUACUACAGUAUGUACCUCAAUCAGACUGGGGACGGUGGAACUGGACAACAAAAAAACAGUUGUGCAAUAUUUCUGAGCAAUGCAAGAGUGGACUAUCGCAAAGAGUGGAAAAACCACACAUCCUUCUUCACAAGAUACAGUGUUCAACGAUAUAGUGUUCAGCUUUGAGAGUAUUUGACAGGGCAGGAAGCCGACAAAUGUUCUUGAAUAAGUCAUGUUGUGUUUUUUGUAUUUAAUGUAAUUUUCUGUUUGUGUGAACACUUCACAUUAGCACUUUUGUAAGAGUGAUUCAAAGGAACACACACUCCACCUUUUAAUAUAAAUGUUUGUUAAAUAGCAUUUCUGUAAAAUGAGCAAUCAUUGGCGCAAUAUUAAAUGUAUUGUUUAAACAUA